AUGGAUACAUGGUUCCUUAUUCUCGCUUCCUUAUGCUUAGCAAUCAUCAUCACAUCUCUCAUGUUCUACAAUGGAGAUAGCAAGAAGCUGCCCCCGGGCCAUCACCUAAAGAAAAUCCCAUACUUGAAAGCUGUGGUGUUAGAAGAACUUAGGAGACAUCCACCUGCCCACCUUGUGCUGCCCCAUAGGGUCACUGAGCAGGUAGAACUGCAAGGUUACAUGAUUCCAAAGGGUGCAACUAUCAACUUCAUGGUGGCUGAGAUGGGUUGGGACCCAGAGGUGUGGGAAGAGCCCAUGGAGUUCAAGCCUGAGAGGUUCUUGGUGAAUGAUGGUGUUGUGUUUGAUAUAGGUGGAAGCAAAGGGAUCAAGAUGAUGCAUUUUGGUGCUGGAAGAAGGAUAUGUCCGGGUGCUGAUUUGGCUUUGCUUCAUUUGGAAUAUUUUGUUGCUAAUUUGAUUUGGUAUUUUCAUUGGAGUGUUGCUGAUGGUUAUCAUGUUGAUCUUACUGAGAAGGUUAAGUUCACUGUGGUAAUGAAGAAUCCUCUACAAGCUAAAAUUUCUUCAAGGGCCAAAAUGAUAACCACUUAA